CGCCGACGACGAGGAGGACGAGGAGAACGCCAACAACAACAACACUUACUACAACAGGACGAAGAGGAAACGCCAUGAUGCCAAUCGGGCAUCGACCUAUGGCCUCAACCAAAACUAUAGGCAUCUCAUCGGCCAGUUCGGGGGAUGCCCCUGGCGGGCGCACACCUCCAGGACCUACGAUCUGGGCGUCCAUGGGUUACAUCAAGAGAUGGAGGAUUUCUACUCAUGGAUGUGCCCCACAGAAGAGGAGCAUAAUAUGCGCAAAAGGGUUGUAGAACGUAUAGAGCAAGUCAUAGUUGGACUCUGGCCUCAAGCGAGAGUAGAGAUCUUUGGCAGCUUUCGAACUGGUCUUUACUUGCCUACUAGUGAUAUAGAUCUGGUGGUGAUUGGAAAAUGGGAUGCACUUCCUCUUUCGACCUUAGAGAAAGCUCUUCUAGACAAUAGAAUAGCAGAGCCCAGCUCGCUCAAAGUCUUGGAUAGAGCGUCAGUGCCAAUUGUGAAGCUUACUGACAGUGAGACUGAUAUCAAAGUUGACAUCUCCUUCAAUAUGAGUAGUGGUGUCAAUUCUGCCCGUCUCAUCAAGGAGUACAAGUCAUAUUAUCCAGCUCUGCCAAAGUUGGUUAUGGUGCUGAAACAGUUUUUAUUGCAGCGUGACCUGAAUGAAGUCUUUACUGGUGGCAUAUCUUCUUACUCUCUUAUCUUGAUGACCAUCAGUUUCCUGCAGCUCCAUCAGCGACAGGAUGUGACUCAACCAAAUACAAAUUUAGGAGUGCUACUGAUAGAGUUUUUUGAACUUUACGGAAGACACUUCAAUUACUUGAAGACAGGAAUUCGAAUUAAAGAUGGGGGAGCCUAUAUAUCAAAGGAUGAGGUGCAAAAGGACAUGCCAGAGGGCCACCGCCCUUCUGUGCUUUGCAUAGAGGAUCCUUUGAUACCAGGCAAUGACAUAGGUCGCUCUUCUUACGGUGUCCUUCAAGUCAAGCAGGCAUUUGAGUAUGCUUACAUUGUCUUAACUCAGGCUGUGAACCCUCUCAACACUCUAAUAAAUGAUCCAAAUUCACAUUCAAUACUGGGUCGUAUUCUGCGCAUCACUGAUGAUGUUAUAAUAUAUCGACAAUGGAUCAGGAAAAGCUUCCCAGUUAGCCGUCCCUUGGCUUCUACCACAACUUUACAUCAAACGCCACCCCUUCAUCCAGCGGCACCCCCUACACCACCUGUGGCUUUCCACACACACAAUAGUAUACAGGUGGCUUCCAAUCAGUACAACAAAAAUAAAAAAUCCAGUGUUGGAGAUGAAGAUGCCUUUUCUGAGGCCUCAGAACCACAUUCUACGCCUCCCUCAUCAGUCUCUUCCGUCAGUGAAGAUACAGAUUCCGAUCAGGCGGUUGAGAUGAGUGAAGGAAGUAGAAACAGUUCUCCAAAUCUCCACCACCAUCACCAGCAACUCAGUAAUGGUGCAGCGACCAUAAAUGCUGUCUUGCCAAUGCCAGUUACAAAUUCUUCCGCGAAUGCGAACCGCCCCGUGAGCAAUAACGUUGCAAAGCACACCACAUCAUCUGGUGAAAAUGUGGGGACGCAGCAACCUAUUCAAAAUAUUGCUGGGAUUGAAUCCAGGGGGAUUACUGAUGCUCCCGCAGAAAAACAGUCACACAAGGUGGCACGUCAUGAUUCCUCAAAUAACCAUGGCUGGCAUCAUCAUAAUAGUGGUUCUUUAUUGCAAGGUGGAGGGAGCAGUCCUGCCAAGCCUUGGGCUAAGUACAGAAGAUAUUCCCAGUCAUCACAAAUGACUCCUGUUGCACCUGACACCCGCUGCAGUAAAGGAAAUCACCCAGGAAACACCAGUAACAAUCCUGGUAAUGGCAAUGGGAACAACCUUAAUAAUAUUAUAAAUAAUGGAGCACCAAAUAAUCAGUACAGAUACCAAAGGAUUUCUUAUAACAAGAGAAAAAAAUCCACACGAAGAGAAUCAGACACUCGAACGGAAGUUCGGGAAGCUCACCGGUGAUUGACGGUGGGGAAGAGUUUGCCUCUUUCUGUGAAUGGUUGACAUUUUUUGGUGUUUGUGUGGACUUAUGACGGCAAUUUAAAGUAGAAAUUAUGGACUACUUAAGCAUCAUUUGCUCAUUGGUUUUAUUUGUGAAAACAGUGGCAAAGUGCUGGAUUGUCGUUAGAUGACUGUGAUGCUGAUCUCGCUGCUCCUCCAAGGAGAGGCUGAUCAAACUCCACUCUUCUUAUUUUCUGUGAAUAGUUAAACUACGCAGCUUAUCCAUAUAUUUGGUGAAUAUGAACAAAGAUAUAUUCUAGUGCUUGGACAGGCCUGUGGUGUGAAUUUUCAAGGCAAGGUGUUUUCAAGAAUCUGGAAAAAGUCAAGACGUUCAGCUUUUGAAGGAUAGAUGAUGGUGAGAGACAAGUGUUGGAUGCUGCUACUUCUGCUCCUGUUGCAGGGUCUGAUGUUCCACUUUACCGUAAGAAGUUUUUAAGUAGACCAAUAUUCAUAGAGUGACUUCUAAAAGAUUUUAUUUAUAUUCAUUAAGCUCAACUCGGCUGUUUUGACGACUCAUCCCAAAGUCAUGUGAAAGUCAUUUCAUAUUAACCUGAGAUUUCAGUUUAAUCUCUUGCAAGUCAGUUUACCCAAGUCAGACUCUGGCUCGGGUGGGUUGUUGUUGUUGUUGUUGUUGGUGGUGCAUAAUGGAUGAAUGGCUAGCACAAAUGACCCCUUACAGAGGGCAGCUUGUUUGUGAGAAAUAUCAUUGACACCUGAGGCCCAUGCGUGGGUUUUGUGAAACCAAGUCACUGUUUUGGUGUCAAAGUAUGAGUGUUCCAUAGAGCAGGAAAUUCUAAAAUUAGGAUUUCUGUAUAUCAUUGUUUAGCCAAAAUAUAUAUUUAUUGUUGAUAAUGUCAAACUGGUUGUUGUUUUUUUAUUAUUGUUUUAUUUUUAUUAAUUUUUUUAAGUAGCAAAGGGAGACCCUUUGUCCUUCUCAGGCAAAGUAGGUGUAUGAUAGAUGGGUCCUAGUGCUUGUUGUGCAGUAUAGGAGGAUUAGGGUAAGGGAAGUGCAGCUGAGAGUUGCCUUUGGGUGAACAGUUGGUCAUGAAUCGAUGUAUAGAGCGACAAUGAAGUCGGUCGUGAGUGUGUGAGGAGCAAACUGCAUGUGAUUAGGCCAAGGGCAUUUGUCAAUAAGAGUGCCCUUGAUUGUGAUUUGCUGUGCCAAGAAAAACAACUCCAUUAAACUUGUUUAGAAUGGAUUAAAUCAUUUUAUCUAAGUCAUGUGAAGUGAUAUUGUGGAGCCCAUAUCAUUAAUGAUUUAUAAUUAAUGUUCUAAAGUCGGUGAUAGAAUAUUUUCGUAUAUGAAUGAGUGUAGCUGUGUUAGUUAUUUAUUUUAAUUAUGGAUGUAUUUUGAAUGAAAUAGGUUGUUCAAUGCUGUGGACAAGCAUUACAAGCAUUUGUAAAUGAGGGGCUCCCUCCCUCCUUCGCUAAGUUGAAAGGUUAGCCAUCCACACACUGCCAAAGGUACUCUUUAUGUACUCUGGCCUAAAAAGUCAUACAUUUGUCCCUCAUAAGAUGUUAACUUUUAGAUGAAAUGGAAUUAUACGUUUGGUUUCUUGGGAGAAGAUCCUAAUUCUCAAUAUUCAAUACUCUGAAACUGCAAUGACAACCACUCGUGAGAGAGUGGGAGUGAGAGAUCCAGGAAAUUAAAGGGGAAACUUUCUGUGGGGGAAACCCUAAAAGCUAUUAUAUUGAAGAUUGUGCAGCUCUUAUGAUUUUAUAGAAUUGAAUAAUUUCAAUUUAACAAAAAAAAAAAAAAAAAAAAAAAAAAAUCAUCCAGAAUAGUAUAUCUGAAAAGUGGAGUAAUUUUGAAAAGGAAUCCGCAAAACUAAUUGGCACCUACAUUCCUGCCUAAAUCCACCACAUUUUUUUUUUAAAGUGUUGAAUGAAGUACUACUUACAUACAACAAGUAGUUUAUUAGUAUUUUAUUUAUAUUUUUGUGUACGUACAGUUUCUCGUAGUGAAUCAUUGUAAACUGAAACUAAGAUAAAAUCACAAAAAUAAAUUGACUUAGACCUAAUGACAGAUUUUCAUUUUUUGUAAUCUAGUUUUACAAUCUUGAGAUAUUAAACAGAAGGAACAAGAUAGACGUGAUGUUGUGUUGCAUUGUAUCAAGUAUAAAUACCUUUUCUGUAGUUGCAGUACCAGGUAUUGGCAACUGAAGCAUUGCAGAUAUUUUAACUAGUAUAACGUUUUGUUAGAUUCCUGCAGCUUUGUAAGGACAUAAAAUUUAUUUCUUUUAUUAUUAAUAUCAUGACAUGAAAUUUCCUAUUAUUAAUUACCUAGGAAUAUGUGUAAUGCAUAAUCUAGUAAGUCAUGUCAGAUUCUAAAUUUUUUUUAGGGUUAUUGUUUAAAUGGAGGAAGUACAAAAGUGACCUUGCAGGUAAAAUGAAAUCCAUUUCAUAAGCAAGAAUCCAUGCUGGAAUCAUAACCUUGAUAUAUAUUCGUGGAUUUUCCAUUUGGAAAUUCUCAUUAUAGUGUUGAGAUUUUAUGAACAGAAGAUGAAUGGUGAUGAUUAAGAGGAAAAACCAGUUAUAGCAAAAGUACUACUAAAAAAAAAAUGACAAGCUCACAGAUGAUGUGACUCUGAAUUACAAUGACUACAUGCAAACCAGGUGAUAUGGCUUUAGCCAUUUACAAGCACUCAUCUUCACCAUGCCAUGUAGUCUUAACACUUUUUUUUCAGUAUUUUUGCUGUGAGAAGGACAAUGUGAGGAUGGUAAACAUAACCAUAGUAGACCAUUCUGUUCAAGGAGGUUUUGAAACAUGCAAUUACAUUUCCUUUAUAGAGCAAGAUUUCAUGGCUAACGACCAGUAACCCCAAUGACUUACAAAAAAAAAAAGUGCUUGCAGUGUAUAGGGAAUACUAUCUUAAUAUAACCCUUUGGAAAACCACCUGAACUAUUGCAAAAUGUACUUGCAACUGCAUCGGUGGUGAAGAAGUGUGCUCUUAAGAGGCAUAAAUCCACAGUCUGGUUCUGUAUCAAAGUCUGCAAUUAUUCAUGAUAGCUGUACCCAUUCAUUGCUACUCUUGAAUUGUUUGUGUUGUAAUGAAUUCUUUUCAAAAUUGCUUUUGACUGUAUCUGCUAAGUAGAUUAUUGCUUGUUAUAUUUUUUUCUCUCUAAUGAAUGUUUACUUAAUUUUAUAUAGUUCAUUGAAGACUAGUUUGAUGUGACAUUUUAGAAUUGUUCUUACUAUCAAACCACCACCCCGCUUCCCAGAUUUUAUAUAACAAGGGUUCUUGUUGGUAUGCAGCAUCAUUUAAUUGGAUAGUCACUGCACCCAUUGGAUGUUUGCAUAAUUCUGCAAAUCCUUUAGUGCAACUUUUUAGGUUAGAAUUUCUAGACUUGUUUGCUCAGCUGUCAUUCAUAGAAGAGAGGAAACGAGGGAAAGUUUCAGCAUGGUAAUCGCCAUCCUUCUUGCAGUAUGUUAUUUUUGGAAUGGGACAUA